GCUGCUGUGACCAUGUGGAAGGCAAUCGUCUCCUCAAGCAGAGCUGCGGAGAAGGUGAUGCCAGAGCUGCUGUGCGUGCUGGAGGACUGGCCGCUGCACAGCACAUCCACCUCUGACAAGGACAACUCAGACAUCUUUUCCCUGGCUGCAACCAGAGCACUGUGGGAGAUCAUCCAUCUGCCCCACCAUCCAGAGGCAAUGAUGAUGUAUUUCCCCCGCCUCUUUGUGGCUCUGCUAUUCCAAAUCUUCUCCAGCACAGCGCAGAUGCCAGUAGAGGUCAAUACCUUCUGGAGGAGAUGCCAGCAGGAGCACUGCCUUCCCACCAAGCCCAACAGAUUCGUGGUGCAGACCAUGAAAUCACUGCUCUGCCAUCUUGAGUAUGAGGAUGUGGUGCAUGAAGUUGAACGUGAGUGUGGCUGGGACAUAUUCCUCAACAUUGAGAACCACCACUAUGCAGUGGGUCUGCUGGCCAGAGCAAUGCUCAGGGUCUCACAGUGCUUGUGUUACCGGAUUGCACGCUACCUGUUCAGGCUGCUCUGCAGAGAGGAGGCUCGCUGGGAAUUCCCUGCCGUGACAUUCUUUGUUGAGCUCCUGCCUUGCCUUAACAUAAAGGAAUGGGGUGAACGCAUCCUGCAACUUUUCCCAAUCUACCUCAGGAGAGAUUGCAGAGAGAUGCGUCUCCUGCUGCUCAGAUGCCUCCUGGUGCUCUGCAAGAGACCCUCUAUGGCCAACUCAAUCAUGGCCCUGACUGAAUGCCUCACAGAGGUACUGAAGGAUAAAGACGGAGAGGUGGUGGGCCUGACCCUUUCUGUGCUCAGCGAGGUGCUCCAGGACCCAGACGUGCCAGUUGCCAGUUCCAUUGUUGUGCAGCUGGCUGAGGCACUCCUGCCACUAUUUGAGAACGACACUAGCCAUGUGCAGCUCCUCUCCAUUCGCCUCUUUCAAGUGCUAAUGGAGUUGGUAGCGAAAGAGGGAAAAAAGCUCCUGGAGAAGAAUGUGCGCCAGAGCCUGUUCCUACUGUUCCGCCACUUGCAUGAUGAGAACCAGUGUGUGGCACAGGCUUUUUGGGAAACUCUGCUUCAAGCUAACACGUUCCUGCAGGAGAGGAAGCUCGAGCAACUGUUGGAAAAGACAUGGAGCGCUGACAAGUCCCUGGUGCCAACCAUUGUGAAGGACAUGUACCAAUGGCUCACAUUCAUCAUGGAUGUAUCUGCUGAGCACAGACUGGACAAGACCCUUCAGGAGAUGAGCCUUGCACAGUCUCAUGAUGUGGUGGUGACCCUUCUGCGCUGCGCCCCAUCGUGUGACAG